AUGGAUAAUACCUCGUCACCAGAUGGAAUACGUGAUUCGGUCCUAGACAGCUCUGCUAGGCUGUUUUCAUCAAUAGUGAACGGCGACGAGGGUUUGUUUCGCUCGCUGUUUAGGGAGAUGAGCCCUCCACACAGGAUUGGGUCAGACUUAGAAAUAACACUGCUACAAUCAGCUAUUCAAAACAGCCGCCCCGGUAUAGCUCGUAUCCUCCUGGAUAGUGGUGUCCCUUUUGAUGGAUACGGCAUCAACGGCAAAACAUGUUUACAGCUUGCAGUCGACCUGGGUUUCUACGAUAUAGCAGAACUCCUGCUUGAGCGCGGUGCAAACACUGAGCUGACCAUUGGAAACGGUCCCCUACUUCUCCACCAAGCUGUCGAAAAAGAUGAUCUUGAAACAACAAAAGUCCUGUUAAACUGGGGGGCUGAUGUACAUGUCAAAAACCAGUCUACCUUCAGCCCCUUGAUGGUUGCAGUUGAAAGAAGAAACGUUUCAAUGGUUCGGCUCCUUUUGCACCAUGGCGCAGACUAUAGUACGAGGAGUGAUAGUGAUCUGUCUGCUAUAGACCUAGCCCGUGGGUCAGAAGAAAUGACAAGGAUGUUGGUUAAUAGCCAUUUUCUUGAGGGGCCUUCUAUUUCGCAUUCUAUAGAGACGACAGGGGCCGUCAUCUCAGAUACAGCCAACGUACCCCAAGCUCCAUAUCAUAAUCUUGACAAAAUGACAGCAUGCCAUGGAUUUAGACUUGAAUGGGUUGGUGUGCUUCUUACAAGACACUUGACAGAGGCUGGAAAUGAGCUAUAUCUCCUCCCUGAAGAUGAUAAAACUCGUCUUGGAAUACAAUCUUUACAGGGCCCCAACCACUCGAUUGGCACCGCACUUCCUGCGUCAAAACGACCCGGUUGCCACAUAUUGAAGAAAAAGCUAAAUAACCACGUGGAUGAUAAUAUCUACCACUUUGCUUUGUUUGUCCCAUUCCUUCAUUUUGAUACGGUAGAUGGAGUGUCUUUGAUGUCGAAGGUAGUGCGUCAGUCAUUCACAUGCCCGUCUAACCCGCUAGAGAACCAUUCGAAUAUAUCCAAUACAUCGGGGUAUUAUACGGCUAGGUCCACAAAUGCUCAGUUAUCCGGCAAUGCUUCAAUGAACAGGGACCUGCAGCAAAUGAAUGAAGGUGGCUCUAAUACUACACCACGAAUAUCACCAGGACAUACAGCACUGACCUCAUCAAAUUUGCACGAAUGUCUAAUUGAAGGUUACCUCAGACCCGAAUCUUCAAGUCGUGGAUCUACUUUACAAUUAAGACAGACGCUUGAUCAAUACUUUUAUACUCACCUGGAUACCUCUCCUCAGAGAGACAAGGAUCAAGUCGUGUCACGGUUCACUGCCGAGCACCGAGUACCCAAGCUUUUUAUGGUAGAUCAGCUCUGGCUAUGGAUUAUUAACGGCGAUACCCUUAUUAGUUGCCUCCCCACGCCUUGCAAAUACUCGGAGGGUUUUCUCAUAUCAGAGCUAUAUAACCAAUCCAGGAGUGAAGGCUCUGGGACAAUUGAAGAAAACCCUCUUGGUAUUUAUAGUAUAAUACGGGACCAUCUUCGCACAAUCCAUAGAGCGCCGAUUACGUUUGUUUAUGGGAUGGCGGACUUGAUCAUGAAGGCCUGCAUCAAUAUUUUCGGCCCUGAGAAAGUACCCGGACACUCCCAAUUCUUUGAUUUCUUUGAGGCAUCUCUCGAUCAAACCAUGGGGUUGCUUAGAGAUUUCCGUGCUUUUACCACACGUAGGGUCUUGGACAGCGACGACGCAUACUGCCCAGACUUAAUCGCAGAGGCGGGAAUGCUAGUCGAAGUGGAAGAUAUUCACGACGAGCUAAAUAUUCUGAAUAUGAUCCUGUAG